GUCUUAUUAUAAACAACAAACUCUCGAUGGACAUCUUCUUCCCAAAAGAAAACAUAAACAAAUUAAUAUUAUAAUAAAUUAUUAAACUUAUUAAUAUACACCAAACCAUGAGCUGCAACUACGCGGAUGGUCUCUCCGCCUACGACGACAAGGGAAUCCUGGGAGCGCCCGAGAGCUUCGACAGCGAUGAGGAUGUGACCAAAAAGUGCCAGGAACUAGCUGACUUAAUCAAGAAAUCCGGGCACGUUGUCCUCCACACGGGAGCUGGCAUUAGUACAUCCGCAGGGAUUCCCGAUUUCCGGGGACCCAAGGGCGUUUGGACCCUGGAGGAGAAGGGCGAGAAGCCGGACUUCAACGUCUCCUUCGAUGAAGCCAGGCCCACCAAAACCCACAUGGCCAUCAUAGCGCUGAUCGAAAGUGGCUAUGUGCAGUAUGUGAUCUCCCAGAACAUUGAUGGUCUGCACCUAAAAUCCGGUCUGGAAAGGAAGUAUCUUUCUGAGUUACACGGCAACAUUUACAUCGAACAAUGUAAGAAAUGCAGACGUCAGUUUGUCAGCUCAUCUGCUGUGGAAACAGUGGGUCAGAAAUCUCUGGACAGGCCAUGUAAAUCUUCCAUGGAUAGUAAAGGUCGCAGCUGCAGAUCGGGUAUCCUAUACGACAACGUUCUGGACUGGGAACAUGAUCUUCCCGAAAACGACCUAGAGAUGGGCCUCAUGCACUCCACCAUCGCUGACUUAAAUAUUGCCCUAGGAACCACCCUACAAAUCGUUCCCAGCGGUGAUCUUCCCCUGAAAAAUCUCAAACGCGGUGGUAAAUUUGUAAUUUGUAAUCUGCAACCUACGAAACACGAUAAAAAAGCGAAUUUAAUCAUAUCCACCUAUGUGGAUGUGGUUUUGUCAAAGGUUUGCAAAUUAUUGGGAGUCGAAAUACCUGAAUAUACCGAUUCAUCCGAUCCUACUAAGCAGUCUAAGACAACUGAGUGGACUAUACCCACAAAUAAUGUUAAUACUUUUCACAAACAGUAUAGAAAACAUGUAAAGGAUACGAAAAUUGAAUCUAAAGCCAAGAAAACUAAGUAUAAGUAAAAUAGUUUGUAAAGAAACUGGGUUAAAAUAUUCUAUCAAAACAAAAUGCAUUUAAUUAGUUAUAUCAAUCAAAAAGUCUUAUAAUUAUUUAAGAAAACAAAUUCGCCCAAAUAAGAUAGGUUUAGUAAAAUUAAUGUAUAUAUUUAUAUAUAAAAAGUCCUUUAUUUGUUUUCAUUAAAAAGUAAGUGUCAACAAUUGGGCAUUAUACCUGUCUUAGAGCUAAAGCGCCUUAUAAAUCAGGCAAUAUAGGUGGACAGGUGCACACAAGAUGCUUGUCGCCAUAGGCAUCAUCGAUCCUGCCCACAGUGGGCCAGAUCUUGGCAUCCGGUUUCACAAAGAUCUGUAAAAAUAAGACAAUUUUAAUUAUAAAAAAUAA